AUGAAGCCUGCCAAAUUGAAGAGGCACCUCGAGACCAAGCAUCCAGAUUAUGUAAAAAAAGACCGGGCUUUUUUUGAGAGGAAGGGCGAGGACUACCGCCAGCAACAACAACGGAUGAUUAAUGUUACGUCUGUUUCUGCUAAAGCGCAGCGGGCCUCCUACCUGGUAGCGCAGAGGAUUGCUAAGGCGCGAAAGCCCCACACAAUAGCGGAGGAACUGCUGCUCCCUGCUGCGGUGGAUCUGUGUGAGCUCAUCGCGCUGGUUCGAUACCCGUGGGAAGGAAGGAUUCAGGAAGACUUUUUAUUUUGUCAAGAGUUGACGGGGCGAGCAACAGGUGAGGAGAUUUUCAAUGUUAUAGAUAUGUUCAUGGAGACUGGCAAUGUGAGUUGGGAGAAUUGCAUUGCGAUUUGCACAGAUGGGGCAGCUGCCAUGACCGGACGCAAGAGUGGGGUGGUUGCUCGUGCCAAGGAGCGCAAUCCAAUGAUGAUAGCUACCCACUGCAUGUUGCACAGGCAGGCUCUGGCGUCAAAAUCAUUGAGUCCUGAGCUACACUCCGUUCUCAGCACGGUGGUAUCUGUGGUCAACCACAUCAAGUGUAAGCCACUGCAGUCCCGUUUAUUCGGCCAGCUCUGCAGGGAGAUGGGCGCAGGACAGGACACCCUGCUGUUCCAUUCAGAGGUGCGUUGGCUCUCCCGUGGAAAAGUGCUACAGCGGGUGUACGAACUGCGCUCAGAGCUGUGUGAGUUCAUCCAGAAUGACAAGCCAACCACUGCAGCACUCUUCUCGGACCCCGAAUGGAUCGCACAGCUCGCCUACCUCGCAGAUGUGUUCAACUUAUUGAACGAUCUCAGUUUGUCCGUUCAAGGCAGAUAUGCCUCUAUCCUGGAGGUAAGCGACAAAAUCAAGGCAUUCCGUGCCAAAACAGCGAUCUGGAGAAGGCGGGUGCAAAAUGGCAUUACAGACAUGUUCCCCCAACUCACAGAGUUUUUGGACACAAACCAAAUACCAGCUGAGAUUGUGAAAAAUACAAUCGGUUCGUAUCUUGCCUCCCUUGGUGACUAUUUCAAUGACUAUUUCACUGACGUUGACACCGAUGCCUGGGACUGGGUGCGCGACCCCUUCGUUGCCCAUACAUCAGCGCGGGGUCUCAGUGGAAAAGCAGAGGAGGAGCUGCUGGACCUGGCAUGCGACGGGACGCUGAGAAUCCGGUUCGGCCAACGGGGGCAUGUGGACUUUUGGCCUUCGGUUGAACAGGAGUAUCCGGAAAUCGCUGCUGUUGCCAUGCGGGUGUUGCUUCCCUUUCCAACCACAUACCUGUGCGAGUCAUCAUUCUCAGCGCUGACCUCCAUGAAGACCAAGUACAGGGCUCGGAUGGAAGUGGAGAACGACCUACGUACAACCAGCUGCUGCCCCCUACCUCCAUCUGAGCGAGGGAUGUUCCCCGGAGAGGAAAAGAGGGGAUGA